ACGACUUGUAUACCACGAAAAAAGGAACCCGGGGCCGCCGGCGAAACAGAGAUCUCAUCGGAGAGAUCUGAGAGCGGAGGCGACGAGCGGUACCAUGGCGCCGUCCCUCCAUUCCCUGCCCACCACCGUGUUCCUCCUCAUCCUCGCCGUGGCCGUCGCCUCUGCCGCCGCCGCCGCCUCGCCCUCCUCGCCGCCGGGGGAGGACGGGAUCCGAGUCGUCGCCGCCGAGAAAAGGAUCGACCUGACCGGUCCCAUUGUGAAAGUAUUCCUCACAUUGAAGGUCCAGAAUGCAGCCUCUGCCUCUGAAGCAUCCUAUGUUCUUCUCGCGUUCACGCCCACAGAGGUCCAGCAUCUCGCCAUUGUCAAGGCCACCAGAGCUGAGGGGAAGCGCAAGAAGAAGACAUACGUGCCCCUCCCCGUAGAACCCUCUCAUCUUGCCGAUGCUCCAAAUGGCGCUAGCCUCUAUGCAAUUUUGCUGAGCACUCCGUUGAAACCUGCUGAGACGACCACCCUGGAACUUUUUUACGUGCUGACACACUCUCUGGAGCCCUUCCCGGCAGAGAUCACCCAGUCGGAGUCCCAGCUGGUUUACUACCGUGACAGCGCGGUCAUUCUCUCACCGUACCAUGUUCUAGAGCAGGCCACCUACAUAAAAAUGCCAAGCAAUAGGGUGGAGUCCUUCACCAGAGUCGACCCUACCAGUCGGUCGGGUCCUGAGGUGAAAUACGGCACAUACAGUAACCAGCUUCCAAACUCAUACUUGCCGAUACUUGUGCAUUUUGAGAACAACCAUCCAUUUGCUGUUGUUGAGGAACUUGUUCGUAAGGUUGAGAUUUCUCACUGGGGGAAUGUCCAGAUCACUGAACAGUAUAAAUUGAGACAUGGCGGAGCUCGGCACAAAGGAGUCUUUUCAAGGCUUGAGUACCAGUCUAGGCAAUCUAUCAGUGGUGCAUCAUCAUUUAAGAAUCUUCUUGCACGAUUGCCUCCUCGAGUUCAUUCAGUUUACUAUCGUGAUGAGAUUGGUAACAUCUCCUCGUCCCAUCUGCGUAGUGAUUCAUACAAGUCAGAACUAGAAUUUGAGCCCAGAUAUCCGCUAUUUGGUGGUUGGCACUGCACAUUCACCAUUGGCUAUGGUAUGCCGUUGCAAGAUUUCCUGUUUCAAGCAGAUGAUGGCCGACGCUACGCUAACCUUACUUUUGGAUGCCCUCUAUUGGAUACUGUGGUUGAUGAUCUUACUAUCAAGGUCGUGCUUCCUGAGGGAUCGAAAAGUCCAGAAGCUGUAGUUCCUUUCCUGACCGAGCAACAUCUUGAGACUAGUUAUUCAUACCUCGACGUUGUUGGAAGGACGACAGUGGUGAUAAAGAAGAAGAAUGUCGUAGGAGAGCACAAUGUUCCUUUCCAGGUGUACUACGAAUUCAAUCCAAUGUUCAUGCUGGCGGAACCGUUGAUGCUGAUAUCGGCACUGCUGUUCCUGUUUGUUACUUGCAUUGCCUAUCUCCACAUGGAUCUUUCAAUCGGGAAAUCACAGGCCUCUUGAAGUAGCAUACUUUUUGUAGACGAACGCUUGUGCUGCUAACUGUGCUAUCAGCAAUGGAUCGAUGCCUGGUGUAUUAGUUAUUGAGAGUUUUGUAGAACAUACAUGGUGUUGCUCUAGAAAUGAGCUUGUGGUCGAUAGUAUGACUUAAUAAAUAGUAUAGUAGUUUUUUUUUCUGUGGGAUUCAGCUAUUGAGCCCAAAACUGUUUUCAUUUUUACCAAGUGAAGUUGUCAUCUGACCUCAAUCUCAUAGAUUUGGCUUUGGCAUCUUCGUAAAGAA